UAACCGUGUCAAGGGAAUCGUGUAGAACAUGGCAUAGCAUAUAACACGAGGUAUGAGACAAGGCCAACACAUGACGAGUGAGAGGUCCUCUUGCUUUGCACCCCGUCCCAUGCCCGGACACCGCUGAGCCAUCCAGCCGGGAUAAUCCAACCGAUGAUAAUCUCAUGAUCAGGCAGAAUUAGCACAACAAGUCUCAGUUCACCGUGUCAAAGACAAGAGUAUCGAUAAAACGGCUAAACACGUCCCUGAGUAUAAACUUAUGAAUGGGAAAAGCACAUGUGACACACUCGACGCAAACAAUACCCAGAAUUGUGCAAAUCAGGAACGUGUCGCAUUCUUGGGCAGUGAAUCGCUAGUGAUUAGAAACGGUAAAAUGGAUCGCCCGGAGCAUCCAUUUUCCAUCGCAAGACUUCUACAAGACGAUUCAGCACCGCUUUGGUCGCCACGGACAACACCAUCGCUCUUUGGGAGCGAAAAAAAUGCCUUCUACGUCCCGGCGUCGCAUCAUACCCAAAGAGGUUUUACACUGCCAUACGCCAAUCCUCCAUCUGCGCCCGCAUUCCCACACACAGCAGUGACAAGACGUAGGCGCGUGCGCACCUCGUUCGCGGAUUGGCAGUUGUGUGCGCUGGAAAGCGCAUUUGCUCAGACGCACUACCCACCAAUCUACGAACGUGACCAACUCGCGGGCUACACAGGCCUCCCAGAGGAGCGCAUUCAGAUCUGGUUUAAGAAUCGUCGAGCAAAGCACAGGCGGCUACAGCAUGGAUUUGGCCACGCCCAUUCUUCUACCGAAACCCACACAGGGGAAACCUCCCAAAAUGCGGGCAAGAAACACAGGGUACCCGUAAAGGGCAAGAGCAGCGAACGGGAUAAAGAAGAAACUCGUCAGGAAAACAAAGACAAGAACAAUGUCAAAACAAGACCGAUGAACCCCCAAGAAUCUAAUCCUCCUGUGUUCCAGCGUGUUCCACUUAGGGCGCAUCACAGCUAUGACAUCACAGGUCAUGACGUCAUCACAGCGGCCCCAGGCCUGACCCUUCAUCUUGGCCCAAUUAUUUACCCCUUUGGUUACUAUGGUAACAUAAACUAUAGAGACUAUGGUAUACCGAGCUGGAAUAUAUAUAAAUGUUGAUUGAGAUUUUAAAAGGUUGAAAUUUUGUUUGAAGCGCAGUAUACCCUAAAUCACUGCGUUUUCUGGGUACAAGCUAGUGUGAAAAAUGUAAACAAUAAACAGCUACAACUGCUAUGAUUUUUUUUUAAGUCUCGAGAAAAGCCCGACAAUGCCUUCAGAGCGCCGAGCGCUUACCGACAAUCGCCGAAAAACGAGCGCUUGCCGAGCGCUCGCCGAACAAUCAAAUAAGCACUGAUGGGAACUGAUUGAAGAAAUAAAAAAAGACGAACACACACGACGCACCUUGCGCCACAACGGCUUGACUUUCUGAGCUUUGUGUUGUUUAUCGUUUUGGAUUUAAGAACUCCGAGGCAGUCAGGUUUAUAGUCAAGGAUAGGUGACGUAAUCUAAAGCUUCAUUUUCAUUCAUCCUUCCUGUGAAAGAAUAGAUGCGUGAAAAACAUUUUUAUAGCAAGAAACGUCUCAUAUGUUAAUAAAAAUCUAUUCAAACA